GGGUGUCAAAUCAAUUAUUUUUCAUCCGGGAAGAUUAGUCUUUAUAUUUGUGUCGUGUCGUUGUUUUUUUAUUGUGCACGAGCUACUUUUGGCUGGGAGGUUCCCAAUGGCUUUUCAGUGACUAGCAGAUGCGUAGCAGGGCAGCAGAAAUCGGCAAUGGAACCCUUGACGUUGAUUGCGGUCAUUGGUGUCAUAUACGGCACCGUGUUCUUCUUCGACUGCUUCUUUAAGAGUUGCAUGCACUACCCGUACGAUGCAUUCCUGCGCAACACUGGGCUGACCGUGCAGUUCAUGAGGCUGCGCUGGCACACGACGGCAUUCAACCGCACAAUUUUCAAAUGGGGCUCAUCAUGCUCCAAAAUCUUUAUCCACGCCUUCAACCUCGGCGUGAUCACUUCUAUCGUACUCAUGGCCCUUGGAAUACUAAUUCUCUCUGCAUCCCUUUUCGGAACAUCGAGCGGCGGAGGAAGUGACGUCACUUCCAAGAAGUUUGAGGUGCAAAUGGAGCUGCUCCUGCCGGGGGUGAAUUUGCCGCUCAGCGAGAUUGGCUACUACAUAACAGCUCUGCUCAUCUGUAGUGUCGUUCACGAAUUGGGGCACGCGAUAGCCGCGGUGAUGGAGGACGUGCCGGUCACCGGCUUCGGGAUUUACGUUCUAUUCUGUUUCCCUGUCGCCUACACAGAACUGAGCACGGAACACCUCAAUGCUUUGAAGCCGCUGCGGAAGCUUAGAGUGCUCUGUGCUGGCAUUUGGCACAAUGUAGUUCUGGCUGCAGUUUUCUAUGUAAUUUUCAUCGGUCUCGGGCCGGCCUUAACCCCUUUCUACCAAACUAACUCUGCAGUGGUCAUUACGCACAUUUCACCGAACUCUCAUCUACGAGGGGACCGAGGACUAUACUGGCAUGACGUCAUCCAGUCCAUUAAUGAGUGCAAAGUGCGGAACCUGGACACAUGGUACUCAUGCUUGGUGAAGACGCUGCACUCGAAGCCGGCCUUCUGCGUCUCUUCAGAGUUCAUCCGAUUGAACGACGAAACCGGCCUAACCGCGCAUAUUGACGACGGCCUAGUUCAAUGUUGUGAUCCUAGCAAUACCAAAGUUCUUUGUUUCGAAUAUAUCAACGACAUCAGCAACGACGAUCCUCUGGAGAUCCCGCAACAUAUGUGCCUGGACAUUCGCAAAACGGUGGAGGAGGCCACCAGCCUCUGCACGACGACUUGCGACGAAGGAUUCUGCAUUCGCCCCGUCAUAAACAAUUCGACAACUCUCUUGACGAUAGCGCGCAAGGAUCGCGAGCGAGUUAUAUACAUCGGGCACCCGUCGGACCUGUACCGGACGAUCAAACUGUCGGAGUUCGUGCCCAAGACGUCGUUCUUGACCCCGGAAUUUGCCGACUCGCUUUCUUUGUUCCUCAAGUACAACGUGGUGUUCUCCCUUGGCCUAGCCGUGAUAAAUGCCAUCCCCAGCUUCAGCCUGGAUGGCCACCACAUUUCGAGCACAAUCAUUAAUAGUAUCCUCGCAAACAAGAUUACCGAGCGGGCGCGCCGCGAGCUUGUGUUGCUGGCAGUGUCCUGUUUGGGAACUCUCUUAUUCUUAAGCUCUAUAAUCAAAGUUUUAUGGUCGUCUUUAGUCACACGAUUUAUGUAGUUCUAAGGUUAUUUGGUAGAGAAAUAGAAAAUGGAAAACUUUCUAACAA